UUAAAAGCUUUUCGAGUUUACACCCCUACAUACAUACGUGCCCUACCCACCUUUGCUGAGGCUCUAAUCGACGAAUACCCGUCCUGUUUAACCUGAAUACGAUAGUCUACCCAAAACGCUCGACGAACUCUGCAAUAGAAGCCGAACCUCAACAUCCCCAUCAAGCUUUCCCCGAUGGCAAGAAGUGCGGGGCGUCGGCCUCCUUCUUCUGGUGCAUUGGUCAAACUCACCGGAACCUUCAUCUACACCGACGGGUCGCAAUAUGGUACCAACGGGUUCAGCGGUUUCGGCCAACGCACCCGCAACGGACUGGGGACGUAUCGGUGUGAGAAGACCGGGGUGGUGUAUGAAGGUAUGUGGAGCGGGGAUGCGAUGGCGGGGAGGGGGCGGAUGACUUAUCCUGAUGGCUCUACAUAUGAGGGAAACUGGCUCAACUCAAAAUACAACGGCGAAGGCACCUACACCUUCCCCGAUGGGGCAAAAUAUUCGGGCGAGUGGACGGACGGGCGGAUGAAUGGCGCGGGGGUGUUUUUGGAUAAGAUGGGGAGGAGGUGGGUUGGGGUUAGUGUUAAUGGCGUGGGGGCGGAUUUCGCGCCUGAUAUUGUUUGAGAAAUGGGGGAUUUGGAGG